AUGCCACCAACGUACCGAGUGGAAGACGAAAGCCAAUGUAUCGGCAAGAAAGUAUCGCCUCUUGAAACGACGUACCGACACCUUACCGACGCACUGUGUGAAGGAAGAGACCAACGUACCGAGUCCCAGAUCGAGACCUCACCGACGUACCCUGAAUUUAAUGGUGUCCGUAUACUUGCAAUUGGUAACGCUCCAGCUGUCGAAGGUCGUGAGCCCACAAAGGGAGGAAAAGAAAAAUUUCCAUUAGAAAAGAAAGUCGAAGACAAAGUACUUACCCAGCAGAAGCGUGAAGGCCUUGAGACCCCAACAAUAGGACCCCUAGAGAAUUUUAACAGCCCGAAUUUAUCUACAAUCAAGCUUCUGGAUUA